UUUUCACUGCGGCUCUAUCGCCGAGCGGACUGGCCCGCUGUUCUCAUACGAGACCUCAGCGCAUACUCUCGGAUCCGCGAAAUCCCAGCGCCGGCUCCCUGAAAGCCUCCAGCUGCUGUCCAGAUGCAAGCGAUUAAAUGUGUGGUGGUCGGCGACGGGGCUGUGGGUAAGACCUGUCUGCUGAUUAGCUACACCACCAAUGCCUUCCCGGGUGAAUACAUCCCCACUGUCUUUGACAACUACUCUGCCAAUGUGAUGGUGGAUGGGAAACCAGUGAAUCUGGGUCUUUGGGAUACAGCAGGACAGGAGGACUACGAUAGGCUCAGACCAUUGUCUUACCCACAGACGGAUGUGUUCUUGAUAUGCUUCUCCCUGGUCAGUCCGGCCUCCUUUGAGAACGUCCGAGCUAAGUGGUACCCUGAGGUGAGACACCAUUGCCCCAACACACCCAUCAUCCUGGUGGGCACCAAGCUCGAUCUGCGAGAUGACAAGGACACCAUUGAGAGGCUGCGAGACAAGAAGCUUUCCCCCAUCACCUACCCGCAGGGCCUGGCCAUGGCGAGAGAGAUUGGCGGUCUGGGCUGUGAAGUACUUGGAGUGCUCUGCGCUGACCCAGCGAGGCCUGAAGACAGUAUUUGACGAGGCCAUCCGAGCUGUGCUCUGCCCUCCACCCGUGAAGAAGAGGGGGAAGAGAUGCACCGUGUUCUAAGGAGAAAAUACUGCUAACACUACACUACAUCACCAUGAACAACAACCACUACUUCUCUGAGAGGAUGAGAAAGAAAACUAGCGAGAGUGAGUGUGCACUGCUGAGAUUGCUUUCUUUAUAUUGAUGUUUUUUCAAAAUCAUAUUGGUAGGACCAAUAUUUAAUCGGAUUUUUUUAACCAUUACCGAAUAAGGUCAUAGGUUCUCUGUGAAAAACAAUGACUGUCCAGCUGCUUUGUACUCAUAGAACCGCAUCAUGUUGCCAUGAGGGCUGACAAAGAUUUCUAGAUCUUGUCUUACUGUAACAUCGUUUCUUUCUCAGCUAUGCUUGCUUGAAAUAAUGCAGUGUUGACUAGAUAGAACGUGAACUGUGAAUACGCCUUCAGCUCUGAAGUUACCCUCAGCUUCUGAUCUAGGAUCAGCACAUUAAAAGAAAAUACUACUGCCUUCAUUCCCGUGAUAUUCAGCCAUCAUUUCUGAUACUAAUGAUAGCAGCGUGCUCAGCGAGGUCAUCCCUGAGAUCUGCGGUCACAUCACAGCGCGGUCACACAGAAAAACCAGCAGUUAGACUGUCUGACAGGUUGGCAGGUUCACUGUGUGGUCAUUUUAUAAUUCAAGUCCAAACUAAGUUGGCAAACAAGGGGGUCUCAAUAGAAAGCUGUAGCUCACUUUUGGCUUCUGCUCCUGCUGGUGGAUUACUCUAACCCUGAUGACAAAGUUGGCUUUAUAACCCCCCUAAAUCUAGUUUAAGAAUUUUUCUCCCUUCAUUUUUCCAGUGCUCUUUGUCUCUGAGUUGAUAAGAUUACUCAAAAAAUGCCAAGCCAAAUUUUCUGAGUGGUUGAACAUGGCCAGAGGAAAAGCCCAUUAAAUCUUGGGGCAUUCUUUAAAAUUACAAGGUAGGACACUGAAUGCCAUAUACUGUCAGAUCAGUGUGUUUAUUCACACUAAGCAACAGCAAAUCAGGGGAAGGUCAUGCUGUUGCUUAGAAAACAGCUAUACGAUUGGAUCGAGGACCCAAGCAGCUCCUUCUUUGUUCUUAACUAGCUUUUUAAAGAUGGUUAAUCAGUUGUAAAAAUGGUCUAACUGCUUGUAUUUCUUCAAUCCUCUCAGCACCCAGUCGAGUUAGUAAAAUAUUGUUAAUGCCUGCAGGAUUGAUGGAGAGAAUUGUGACUGUUUCCCUGCCAAUGGAUCACACACAUUCCCUUCAGUUUUGUCUUAUUAAAGCCAUACACAAAUCCAUAAUCACAGGCUUAUGUUAUGUUUCAAGGGGAAGGAUCCCUCUGAUUUUUGAAUAGACAAAAAAGAUCUUUUCAAUGAGUACACAAUGGUUUAACUGGGGGUUUCAGUCAAAGCUCAUCUGUUUCAUUAGCAAGAGAGUCUGCUGAGACAAAACUGUAGUUUUUGAGAUCAAGAAUUCAUCUUAACUUCGGCUCUUCCUGCAAACCUUCUCACUUGCUUUCAGAAGCAUCUUCUGGUCUUCAUGAACAAAAACAAUAAGUUGAAGACUUACAUUAGUAACCUGAUCUUAGUCAGUGUCUUUGGGUAACUUUUCCUAACUGUGAAGAUGUGACAGAUGAGCAUGCCAAACACAUGGGGGCGGUACAACCUUGCUGCCUGAGUUCUGCCUCUGGGGGUGGAGGAGCUUGCAUGGGUCUUAAAAUAUUCUGUCUUAAUUUAUCCCAUUGUUUAGAUCCUCUGUGUGUGUGUGUGUGUGUGUGUGUGUGUGUGUGUGUGUGUGUGUGUGUGUGUGUGUGUGUGUGUGUGUGUGUGUGUGUGUGUGUGUGGGUGCGCGAGCGUGCAAGCACAUGAAUGUGUGUAUGACACACAUGUAUCUAAAUGCUGGUGUGUGUGUGGGCACAUGUCGAUAUCAUUGAGACUGUCUGACAGUUUGGGGUAGUGCAUAAAAGACAGUAUUGUUUUAAGCCAAGUUUUUUAGUGUCCAGUUUUUGGUACUAUUUCAUAUUGUAUUGUAGUAAAACACAAGACUUUUCAACAAUCUGUGGACAUAAAGGAAGGAAAAAAAUGGAUAUCAGUGACAUCUAGUCAUGUACAGAAUAAUCCUUAGAAAAGGAAUGCAUUAUGAGUAUCUAUCUACAUGUACCUGAAUAUUUAGCUCGUCAAACUAAAACAAUUCAAACUAAAGGGAUUAUAGUUGCUCACGUUGAAGUUAGAAGUGUUGCUAACAGUGUACAAUAAAGGGGCCAAUCUUUGUGGAGUUUGUCAUUAUGGCAAACAGUGCAGAUUGCACCUUUAUGAAAUGCAUUUCUGUAUGGUCGCAGGCCUGCUGUGUGUCUGUCUCCCCCAUGUGGUGAGACGCAGCACUGCAGUGCACUCCGUUAUGCUGUCUUUGGUUGGCAUAGCUGUGUGGUUGAAUCAUGUUGUGUGGUCCUGCCUAGCUAAGGUGUCGAAAUGUAGCUGCGAAACAGCAAAAAAAAUUCUACUACUAUUGCAUGGAAGUUCUCUGGUUAUUUGACCCACUGUAAUUCUUAGGAGAGGUUGUAUGAUGAAAUGCAUUGGCCAUGUACGUAUGUAAUGUAAGAUGACUUGUAUACUUGUUCCAACUGUUUGUCUUAUUUUUUAUUACUUCACAUGUCUGUGUGGUGAAAUAUUUCAAUUUUUUGUAUACUAAAUACAAAUGUAUAUGUAAUGUA